ACGGGGGAACGCACGCGCAAGUGCCAUUUUGAUGCUUGCUGAAUUUGGGAAGAAAAUCGUCAAAGAAAACCAUGUCUGAACACUAUUUACAGGUCGCAGAGAAAGAGGAUGACGAGCCAGUUGAGAUACCAAGUGAAGAUGACGGUACCCUACUACUCUCUACCCUAGCAGCCCAGUUUCCGGGUGCAUGUGGGUUGAAAUACAGAAACCCCCAAACCGGAAAUUUCCGAGGUGUGCGACUAAGUGAGGGUUACCUUUAUCCCCCAGAGGGAUCUAGUUGGGGAGACGUUGUUUAUGUUGUUGUGUUUCCUAAGGUGCAGAAUGUUGUACAAGAGCAAGAGGAGAAUCAGAUACACUACAUACCCAGUAUUUGUGAUAACAAACGCAAAGGAGAUGACAUAGAAAAUCCAGGUUCCAAAACUCGACGCAUGGACAAGAAGAGAUGUGUUGAUCUCAUUGUUUUGGGCUUACCAUGGAAAAGUACAGAGGAAGACAUGCGCAAAUAUUUCUCACAGUUUGGUGAACUGUUAUUGGUGCAGGUCAAGCGAGAUGGCAAAACAGGACAGUCCAAAGGAUUUGGUUUUGUGAGAUUUGGUGACUUCGAGGCCCAAUCCAAGUGUUUAGCUCAGCGACAUAUGAUUGACGGAAGAUGGUGUGAAGUAAACAUUCCAGCCUCAAAUGAGCAAAGUGGUCCACCAAUGAACAGAAAAGUGUUUAUUGCUCGAUGUUCUGAAGAUAUCACAGCCGACGAUCUUCACAAAUACUUCAGCAAAUUUGGUGAGGUGUCAGACGUAUUCAUCCCCAAACCUUUCCGGGCCUUUGCCUUUGUGACCUUCAUGGAUGCAGAGAUUGCACAAAGUCUUUGUGGAGAAGACCACAUCAUAAAGGGAACAAGUGUCCAUGUCAGCAGUGCCACACCCAAGUCAUUUGGGAAAUAUGAGGACCAGAGCCAAGGGGGUCGGGAACGAGAUGGUAGGCGGGACAGGGACAGGGGGGAUUAUGAUAGGCUAAGGAGGAGGGGGGACAACAACACAACCGUCCGAAAUGAGACUGCAAUGGAUCAAAACAUGGGAAUGAAUUUCCUCAACUCAGCAAUGUUGGCAGCAGCACAAGCUGUACUUAGUGGUCAGGGAGGGUGGCCAGGGAUGGGAGGGACCCAGCAGCCAGGGGCAAGUCAGGACCAGACCAUGGCACAGAGCUAUCGGGGUACCAGUCGCCCAGACAGUGGGGGUCAGAGUUACACUGGGUGGGGAUAUGAUUCUCAGGCCAGUACCCAGGGAGGUGGGUACAGUGGGUGGAGUGGAAGGGGAGGGGCAGCAGGUGGGUGGAGCUAAAAAUGGGGGAGGAGGAGGGAGGUGAAAGAGUAGUGAGAUUUUAAUGGCAGAGUUGUGAUGGGAAUGGUCAAACUGUUCCCUAAAAUGGCAGGAUAGGGAGAAAGUUUGUAAAUAACUUACUGUUUAUUUUUUUCCUCUGAAAUUUAUUUUCCUCUAUUUUUUGAAAGAAAACAAAAGUUUAGUGUGCUGUAGUUAGCAGAAGUGAGCAACAAAUGUGUGGUUUGUUUAAGAUUGGUCAAGAAGAUGUAGGAGAGGUGAAAUGAGGAAAUGACUGGCGUGAGAACUUGUUUUAAAGCGACAUUUUGAAAGGAAGAGAUUCAGCAGAUUUCAAGAGAGAUGUGAGGACAUAAUAUAAGCGAGAUGGUGCUUUGUUUUGAACAGCCGGAAAGUGAGAGUUACCCAGACUGACAAUUAUAUAUAAGUUUUUUAUAUAUAUAUAUAUAAAUGUGAGAUCAUGUUCUUGUUAAAGAGAUGGUGUAAGUGUUGUGUAAAGAGUUACGUUUGUUGUUGUGAAGUAAAAUAGAUACUCGACUGAGAGAAGAAUUUUGUGAGUUUUAUCCAAGAGGUUGACACAAGUGUCAGAGAGAGGAUUGAUUUUGGAAAAGGUACUUGAAAGAGAAGAGAAAGAGGAAAUGGAUGCAGGUUUAUGCUAGGUUUAAGGUAACAGAGCGGAAGGAUGAUCGCAGGCAAAUAAAUUAGAAUUGCCUGUUUGGUUCUGUCCCAGAUAUAAUUCAAGAUUUCUAUAUUGAAAGAAUCUGGGGGAUUAGACCAAAGAAAUUACUUCAUCCUGGUAGAAAAUAUUUUUAUUUAAAAUGGGACAGGGGCUCAAGAGGGUCCUUCACUCUGUGUGUCAAUGCUGAAAAUGUAAAAGAUUAGGAAUUAGGAAAUUUGUUACCAAUGCAUUUUUUACUGCAUCAGAGAUGGCAGGGCAUACAUCAAUGUAAUUAAGAAUACCGUAUAUUGCUAGUACAACGCAUUCUUUUGAAAUAACACCAAACUUAAACACAAACAAACCAUUUUCAGCAAAUAUUGCUCUAGUGAAAAGAUGUUGUUUGAAAAUUCCCCUGCGAUAGUGAGUUUAAAAAAGAAAAAUUGUUUAAUUUAUUUUAAGCACAAAAAUUCUCGUCAUUUGUUGAAUACAGCCGAACAAUGAAAAAGUUUUCAAAGAGGCUACUAAAAUUUGUCUUGAUGCGCUUGUCAGGAAGUUGGUAAGAGGUCCGUUAAAGAAGGCGCCAUGAACGAGAGUAUACCAAAAUUGUAAACUAGGUAUAUGUGUGUACUAAUGCGCAAGAAACUGGAGCGUGUAAGUGAAAGUCCUUCAGGGGCAUAAAAGGCACGUAGCAUCAAGGAGGGCCAGCCCCCCCCCCCAUUUUUCUCGGAGCAAACAUUUUUGUUAAAUUUACAUACAGAAAAGUUAAUAAAAAUGAAGUCCCCCCCCCCUUCUGGAAGUAUGUAAAAAAAUUGAAGUGAAAGUAAGGAAAUCAACAGUGAAUUAUUUUGCUUGUCAAGAUAGUUUGGAUCACUUUGACUCCCCUUCCACACUUUCAAAAAUGAUGCUUCGUGCCUUCCACAAUAAAGUUGCGUGAGUGUUGGCAAACGCCGUCUUCAUUGUGCUGGCAUGGUGUGAAAUGUUCUGCAGUUAAAAUGUAGCGAAAUCGAAUUGUAUGCAUGCAUUUCGGACUGUAGAGUUAAAAAAAACACUUUUUGGUUUUAGAAAUAAUAUUUUUUUUAAAAAAGAAAUGUUGCAAGAUAUACACAGAAUGAAGGAGGUGGGUAAUGGUCCUUUGACACUGAAAGAUAGAAAGGGUGUAUUCGAGAUUAAUGAAGGAAAUGGAGUGACGUAAAACUUAGUUAAUUGUUAAUCUUGAUUAAGAAAAUGCAAUUGAAAUAUUUAUGAUUUGAAUUGAAACAAAAUGCAAUUUGAUAUAACAUAUCUUUUAAAUUGGUAAGUUAACAAUACUGAAAAAUCCCGAUACAUGUAAAAUUCGCGCGAGAAAUAUUCUUCAGGGGAUUUGAAGUUGUUAAUAACUGGAACGACUUGUUAGGAUACAAAGGUAAGGUAAAACUUUCCAGUAAGACAGAUCGAGAAUUGGAAGAUUCUAGGUAGGAACCAAGGUAAGAGGCAAUACUUAGAAUCGAAACCUAAGGAUUCUGGACAAUCGAAACCAAUUGGUAACUGUAUUGUAUUUUCAGUGUUAUCGAUCAUGUUUACAGUGUAAAAUAAAUUCAACGUGUUGAAUGUUUUGAACAAUGAAUAGAAAGUAAUAAAGAAAUAAGAAUGAAAACUUCA